GUCGGCUGUUUUGGGGAGUCUCUGAGGCGGAGUUAUUUGCGUUAGAUGGGACCUUUGUUUUAUUUAUCUUCACUUUAUUUCAGGCAAACGUUGAUUUGGCCUUUAGAAUUACGUGGGAUGGAGGGGAAUCUAGAGAAUUGUUGAGGAAUGGUGUUGCCACGUUUGUGCCGCUUCUCUGCGUGCUGAAGGGAUUGAUGUUGCCGGAAAAUUUGAGGAUACUUGGUGUUUGGUAGCAAGAAAUACAAGACUAUGUUCUGGUUAUUAAAGAAACUACUGGAAAGAGGCUAGCUUUACAGCCGAGAGGGAAGGCACUGGCUGGAUCUUGUGAUGUUUUCUUACUCCGAGAGAAUUAGUGUUUGGUUCGUUCUCUGCCCGCUCUGCUCCGGGCAGGACCCACUUGUCCCUUCCCCUCGGAUCAGCGGUCUGCGGGGAUUGAUUUUUUUUUUUUUCUUUCUUUCUUUUUAAACUGUGGGGAGCACGUCACUUUUUGAUAACCCAAACUGUAGUCAGCUGGCGAGAUUUAAGAAGAUUACUUUCUUCGUCUUUCCUUAACCAGUUUGCUUAACUUCGUGCUGAGUUUGGGUCAGUAGGAUGUUAUUUUAAAUUCCGACCGGAUGGGGCAGGUUUAUCAGCAAUAAAACCUAAGUGAGAUAUUUACCAGUACUGCAGGCAAAACCGACAGUGUUUUAGACUAGGAAAAAGUGGCUCAAAAAAAUAAUUAAGCAUUAGCGAAAAACCUGGUGUUCUGGAAUGCGGAUUGCUUGGGAAAGGCUUAGCAGUGAGUGGUCCCGGCUGUUUCCAAUUCUUACUAGCUGUUUUCUUGGGCAGGUUACAACCUCUCUGAUCUCAGUGUUUCCUCUUGUAAAUAGUUUCAUAAUGCUGUCCUUGCCUUAAGAGGUUGUUAUGAGAAUCACAUGUUUUGUGUUAGUAAAAGUGAUUUAUAAUCUUUACCAGCACUACAAAUACAGAAAUUGACAGGUUUGCAGUAAUUAUCUGCAGGAUUCGCCAUGACCCCAGCUCUGAGGGAGGCAGCAACAAAGGGUAUCUGCUUUUCAUCUUUACCAAGUACCAUGGAGUCGGACAAGAUGCUAUGCAUGGAAGGUCCAAGAACUGUAGAUGAAAAGCUAAAAGGAGACACUUUCUCUCAGAUGCUGGGAUUUCCAACUUCUGAACCUACUCUUAGCACUAAUUUUGUGAAUUUAAAACAUUUUGGCUCCUCUCAGUCUUCAAAACAUUACCAGACUGUUCUUUUAAUGAGUUCUAAUGCUACAUUAAAUAAAUACAGUGAGAAUUAUAAACAAAAGAAAUUAGGGGAACCCCACUGCAAUAAGCUGAAAAACAUACUGUGUAAUGGCAGCAACAUUCAGCUCAGUAAAAUCUGUCAUUCUCGUUCUGAAGAGUUCAUCAAAAAGGAACCUCUGUCAGAUACCACGAGUCAGUGCAUGACAGAUGUACAAAUUAUUCUGGAUUCAAAUAUAACCAAAGACACUAAUGUAGAUAAAGGACAACUGAAAAACUGUAAGUGGUACCAAAAGAAUGCACUUUUGGAUAAAGUUAGUGACGCUGAGAUUAAAAAGGGUUUAUUGCACUGUGCUCAAAACAAAAUUGGGCCUGACCACUCACACGUGCCUAUUAGUUUCUCAACUGCUGAAAAAGAGGAGGAAGUGAGUGCUCGUUUACUUCACUGUGUAAGCAAACAGAAAAUUUUACUUAGCCAGGCUAGAAGAACUCAGAAACAUUUGCAGAUGCUCCUGGCAAAGCAUGUUGUUAAGCACUAUGGUCAGCAAAUGAAAUGUUCUAUGGAACAUCAACUCCCCAAAAUGAAGAUUUUUCAUGAACCUACCACAAUUUUGGAUAACAGUUUACCUAAAUGCACUGAAAUUAAACCAGACACCAACUUAUUGACUGCAGAGAAUAAAUUGUGGAAUGAUACAAAAAAUGGCUUUGCACAGUGUACAGCUGCAGAAAUCCAAAGAUUUGCACUGUCUGCUACAGGGCUGUUGUCUCAUGUUGAAGAGGGUCUGGAUUCUGAUGCAACUGAUAGCAGCUCUGAUGACGAUUUGGAUGAAUAUACCAUUAGAAAAAAUGUGUCCGUUAACUGUAGUACUGAAUGGAAGUGGCUUGUAGACAGAGCAAGAGUUGGCAGCCGUUGGACGUGGCUUCAAGCCCAGAUUUCAGAGCUCGAAUACAAAAUCCAACAACUAACGGAUGUUCACAGGCAGAUUCGUGCCUCCAAGGGGAUAGUGAUCCUAGAAGAAUGUCGACUUCCAAAAGACAUUUUGAAAAAGCAAAUCCAAUUCGCAGACCAAGCUGCUUCAUUAAACACUACAGGGAAUCCCCAGAUUCCUCAGGAGAGUCAAGAUCCUUUACCAGAGCAAGAUUUUGAAAUGUCACCAAGUAGCCCUACACUACUUCUUCGCAAUAUAGAAAAACAGAGUGCACAGUUGACUGAGAUCAUCAGCAGUUUGAUUGCCCCUCUCAACUUGUCCCCAACGUCAUCACCCCUCUCCUCUAAAUCCUGUAGCCGUAAAUGUCUGGCUAAUGGCAUUUCCAGGAGUGCUUCAGAGAAUUUAGAUGAGCUCUCUUCCUCCAGUAGCUGGUUACUUAACCAGAAGCACAGUAAGAAAAGGAGAAAAGACAGGACAAGAUUGAAAUCUCCAUCCUUGACUAUCAUGAGUACAGCAGCUCGAACAAGGCCACUUCAGAGUUUCCACAAACGAAAACUCUACAGAUUGAGCCCUACUUUUUACUGGACUCCGCAGACUUUGCCUUCAAGAGAAACAAGGUUUUUAAAUACUACACAAAUGCCUUGCCUGCAAUCAUCUUCAAUUUGGAGUAGCUGUGAACACAAUUCAAAGUCUCAAAUAUUAACAGAACAUGUAUCAGAGUUAGAUUCUUCUUUCCAUUCCGUUCUAUCAUUGCCAUCAGAUGUGCCUCUUCAUUUUCACUUUGAAACAUUGUUAAAAAAGACUGAAGUAAAAGGAGAUCUUUCUGAAAAUAAAUUUGUAGGAGACUGUAUCAUAUCUCCAUCACCUGUACAUAAUACUUCUCUGAAUCAAUGGAGAAAUGGAUAUUCUCCUAUAUGCAAGCCUCAAAUGAGGUCAGAAUCUUCUGCACAGCUGUUACAGGGAAGAAAGAAAAGACACUUGAGUGAAACAGCAUUAGGAGAAAGAACUAGAUUUGAAGAAUUUGCUAUUCAACGCACAGAACCAGGAUCCCAGAGCAAUUUUACUGCAGUUACUAAUGUCAAUGUUAUAUCAAGAACCCAGAAUUCAUCAUCACAAAAUACUGCACGACGACGAUUGCGAAGUGAGAGCUCUUAUGAUAUAGAUAAUAUUGUGAUUCCCAUGUCAUUAGUGGCCCCAGCUAAAUUAGAGAAACUCCAAUAUAAGGAAAUAGUUACUCCAAGCUGGAGGAUGGUUGUUCUUCAGCCUCUGGAUGAAUAUAAUUUGGGUGAAGAAGAGGUAGAAGACCUCUCUGAUGCAGUCUUCUCCCUAAGACACAAAAAAUAUGAAGAGAAAGAGCAAGCCCGAUGGUCACUAUGGGAGCAAAGCAAGUGGCAGAGAAGAAACAGCAGAGCUUACAGUAAAAAUGCAGAAGGACAGGACUUGCUUCUGAAAGAACACCCUAACGACCUCACUGGUGGGCAGCACGGCGCUGCUCAGAGUCCCGCCGAGCCUCCUGCAGAGAGCCAGGACCCCGGUGCACACGCCUCCCCUUCAGUCAGUCAGAGUCAAGAGAUCAAGUCUUUGUGGUGGGAACGACGGGCUUUUCCGCUGAAAGAUGAAGACAUAGCAGCCUUAUUAUGCCAAGAUGAAACAAGUGAUCAGAUUGAAAGAUCAAGCCCAGCUUUCCACGGUGAAGUCUUCUGUACCAGUGCACCAGAGAAUGGCCACCAUCCACAAAGGCAGGCGGAUGGAAGGGAGGAACACAAAACCCUUGGUCUAGGACUUCUCAACUCACGUUAAGAAAAAUCAGUGACAGGGAACAGGUUAAGAAAACUAUGUAACUGAAUGGGAAAACAGGAGAAAAAAUAAGCCCUGUUCCCCCACCCCCUCCACAGUCACAAUUCCAGAGUAACAGCAUGUAGUGCAGGUGCAUGUAUUAAUCUUUUGUGCUGUUUAUGAAACAGGCAAGUUAGUUACGUCUCAUUUUCCUUCCUGAACCACAGGAGUAACUAGCUUUUCACCUACAGGCAAGUGCUAGUCAUUUGUGUUUGAUGCAGAUCACAAGCACCAGAAAAUUAACUGCUGCAAUUUGAUGUCAAAUCACAUUACUGGGUAAAUAAUAAUUUUUAAACAACUUAUACCCACACCCACAUAUACCUAUGCAUCAAAUGACAGCUCUUCUUUUUCUAUAAACGUGGUUAUUCUUUAAAUUGCCUCAGAAAUAUAUUAAGAAUAUAAAAUACAUGUGUAUAGAGUUAUACAUGCAUACAUAUACACACAUAUAGUUUUAAAAAACACUGGCAAGUGACCACUCCACUUGAAAAUGCAUGUAUGAACUACCCCAUGAAAUAUCAGCUGAACCAUAAAUAAAGAAACACAGAUUUCUAAUGGUGUUGAACAUCUGUAAGCCUUGACUAUGGAGAAGGAAUUUUUUUUAAAAAACACGUUUAACCAAUAGAAGUUAUUUAUGGAAAUUUCUAUACCAGAUAACACAAUACUCCUUUAUUUGAAAUCACUGAUACCUGUUGGGUUAAACACACGUUAUUUUCUAUUCACUCCUAACAGAAUAAGAAAAGCAAAGUAGUUGUUAAAUAUUGUUGUUAUUUUAAAACUACCACACCUUUUAAAACUCAACUUGAGUUUUAUCUAUUUUAUGUAUCUCAUGAAGAGAAAACAAACACCCAACUUAAAAUAAGCAACAGACAGGAAAUUCCUGUUAGUAUAUUAUUGUACUUUUAGUUAUUUUGGUCAUUCCCUACCAUUCCUUACUCUAUUCAAAUAAGCAUCUAUCCUAGAGUGAGAAUUAAAAUUCUUAAAAGGUUAAUGCUUCAAUAUUGGAUACUGGAGUGUACAUUAAGUAAAGUUCCUUUUGACACUAUUACAUCAUUUUUUAUAUGUAAAAUGAGGACAAUUUAUAUGAAUCACUUUUUCUCAUGUAAAAAAGGUUAUUCAAGUUGUAGUACCCAUAUAACUGACAAUCCUAGCCAACUGGCCUAAUCUGGGGGAUCGGACACUAAGUUUUUUUGUUGGGGAUUAGAAAUUGUACUAGUCCCUUUAAAGAAGAAGAAAAAAAUUUCCAAUUCAAUGCUGACAAAUUUUUGCUUGUAGUUUUACUAUACAUUUAUAUUUUAAAAAAGAAGACAAAAGCCAGAACAAACCCAAGUUGUCCAGGCAAAUAAACUCAGAUUUUUUUUGUCAUGACUGAUAUUAUAAUCUUCUAUGUAAGUUUUUUUAAUUAAAGUUAUUUCUGUAUGCCUUGUGUUGUCUGAUUUGAUUAAAUGUCACCUAUCACCUGUGUGGCACAUGCCUUUCCUAAGCCAAAAUAAAGAAAAAAACAGUAAGAAAUAAAUUUUUACCUUGUAACACAGAAGAAACCAGGCAAGCUCUAUUCUAUGCUUAGUGUUAACAUUCUUAUUUUCCAAACCUUUUUAUUUAUUUCUCAAAACUCAUAGUAGCCUGAAAAAAAUUUAAUGACACUGGUCCUGUUAUUUCUUGCCAUGUGUAUUACACAGCAAGAGUAUUUACAAGAACGAAGUAGCUAAUAUGUAUCUAUUGUCAAAGUGUAAUUUGGGACACAAUCAUAAAUAUUUAGUUUACGGAUUAACUCUGUACCUUGCCAUAUGUUAGCCUACCUGGUCUUUCUUGGAUUAAUAAAAUAUAUAUCCUUGGAGUCAAAAUCCAUAGUUGCAGAAUAUUCUCAGCCAUCUGGUUUUGCUACAGGGUAAAGCUAGACUGGAAAUAAGAGAACGUUAAGUAAAAGAAGCUUCCUUUGCUUAAUCCACCUCCCAAGGGCUCCAUCUGUAAAAAGAGUACAGACCAGAAAUCCUAUUCUUUACUGGAUCCUUUCCAUGGUACCAGCCUGUUGAGCUUUAUUUAGUAUCUUCAUUUUUUAAAUGCGGACAGACAUACCUGUCUUACCAUUCAUAGGACUGAUUUGUAGGUUUAAUGAGAUUAUAUCAUCAACAUAGUUUAUAACCUACAAAGCAUACAUUUACAUAAUGACAGCUACUUUGUACUGAGCAUCCUCAAAUUCUACUACCCUACAAUUCUAGGAAUAGUAGUGGAAGCUUUACAUAUAUAAUUAAUAGUAUCUCUUAAUCCUCAACACAACCCCCCACUGUUGUUAUGAUUACAUUCAAUAUAUAAAUCAGUUAAUAAUCAGCUCAAAGAGGUUGGUUGGAUUGGUUUGCUAAGGUCAAACAAAUAGAAAGGGGAAGAGAGUCAGGAUUCAACUUAAUAUUACUUCCAAACAGAGGCCUUCCUUUCCUUUUAGCA